GCCCGAGGGAUUUCUCGGCAUUGAGCUGAAGUGAGGGAAGCAGCGAGCUUGGGAGGUUGUCUUUGUACCGAAGAAGCUCUGCUAGCCAGGCCUCAAUUGCUCACUGAGUGAGUCUAUCUAUCUAUCGUUGCCCCAUCUGGUUGGAGAUAGUGAUGCUGCUGCAGUUGUCAUAAUGCAGAAUCGGUCUCGUUGACUGGCAGGGUCUCUCUGGCUCUCUGAUACCAAAACAAACUGAAAUCACUGCGCAUCUGUGGAGUUCCAUAGCUGUGUUUUGAAUGGAGCUUUAACUCUAUGUUUUGAAUGUGGUUUGAACCCGUCUUGGUUUCAGAUGAACAUGUGCUGGCUUUGACAGCUGAGUUGGAUAGCCGAGUUGGUAGAUCAUUGAAAUCUUUGAUCGCGACAAGCCUGUCAUUAAGCAGGCGAGUUGCAAAUGGUUGUAUUGUGUCUAGUGUUGUGAGGGGCUAACUUUGAGCUGUGCCAACGUUGUAUUGUGAUCGUUCAUAGCUAACGACUCCAUGGACAGAUUGAGAUUUGUUAUAGAAUAAUCAGGCUGAAGACAAAUGAGCGUUUUCUCCAGCCAGAUUCCGAUGCCUGUCCUCCUCGGGUAAUGACGUUGGAUUACCGAGGCGAUCCCUGGUCAUUACGUGGGUCUUCCUCAUCAAACUUGAACCUCUCUUCGCACUGUCAGGAUAGGCUCUCCUCACAAGAGGCAAAUCGGGGACUUUUACUGAUCACAUAAUUGACUGGGACCCUUCUUGGAGCUGGAGCAAGACUCCAAGGACCUUCUCACCAGAAUUCAGACCUGGAAUCCUUCUUCACGAAUACAAGCAUCCAACUGGAUCUAUUUCCUGAGAGCGCUCAGUUCGAGCCAAAGGAUUAUCGUGGAUCUUUGAUGCUGUGAAUACAUGCAGGUGCUCUAUGUGAGGAUAAGUGUUUUGAUGAUGUGACAUGCUCGCUGUUGCUACUUUGAAAUAAGUUUAAAGUGUGAGGAAACAGAAAAGGCGAGAAAAGACACCCAACAUGGAGAAUUAAUGGUGCAACGUCUAAAUCCAGAACACGUGUGCAGAGGAUGAGAAAGAAGCAAGAUGUCAACUAAGAUGGGUGUUAAGAUUGCCGCUAUGUCCCUAGUUUUGGGGCUAUGCGGCCAUCUUGUUUGUGGGAUGUAUCUGGGCCGCCAUCUAACACACAUGGCUAUAGACAAUGAGACAGGUAUUGUUUAUGUGGGUGGGGUCAAUCGUAUUUAUCAGUUGGACUCUGAGUUGACUUUGAUGGUGGAAGCUGAGACAGGUCCUCGGAAUGACAGUCCCAACUGUGCCCCCCCUCCUGAUUCUUGCUCGUAUGAAAAACACGAAACUUCCAACUACAACAAAAUAUUGCUGAUUGAUCGGAACAGGAAUAAGCUAGUCACUUGCGGUAGCGUGUACCAAGGGGCGUGCGAAACUAGGAAUUUAAUCAAUGUAUCAAAAGUUAAGGAAUUUUAUGAUGGCGACCAGGUCACUGAUUAUGCUGUAGGAGCAAACGAACCCAAUGCGUCAACAGUCGCCUUUGUCGCCCCAGGACCACCCCCAACCAAUCACGAUGUUCUCUACGUUGGUACAACCUUUACCGGAAGAAUGCGGGAAGAUCGUAUAUACAGAGAUGAAGUGCCUGCCAUAAGCAGUCGUAGUUUAAGAAAGGACAAAUUCUCGUUAGCUGCAGUUACUAAUGCAUUACAAGGUCGUUCGUCUUCAAUUUACCUGAAAAGAGAAAUUAGUCCUGUGUAUCGAAUCAAAUAUGUCUCCGGCUUCAGUUCAGGGAACUUUAGUUAUUUUCUAACUGUUCAGCGCGAUUCACUUGACGAUAACAGGAUGACCAAAAAUGUAUCCAAAAUUAUUCAGCUGUGUCAGAAAGAUCCCAAUUUCUUCUCCUAUGCUGAUGUGCCAUUAAAAUGUGAACAUAAUGGCAUGGAUUACAAUGAGAUUCAAACAUCCACUGUGAUAAAACCUGCAUCUGAACUACGCGAUUCUCUCUACUUGGGCGAAGACGACGAGAUUCUCAUCGGACUUUUCUCCCGCUACAAUGAAGACAUGGACAGAACUGACGCCGCGAUCUGUGUGUAUCCUAUGAAGGAUGUGCGUGCUAAAAUUCUGGAAAAUAUAAAAUUGUGUCACCAAGGCAACACGUCAGUGAGUGGGGGUGGAUACCUAAGAGUCGGUCCCCGUGGCAACUGCAACCAACAGAGUGGCCUGGUGAUCAACAACAUAGAGGAUGACAAUGAAUACUUGUGCAACACCCUCCUGGAGAGCUUCUCCAUGGUGGUCGGCAUCAGCCCCAUCGUCAAGGCCCCCCUCAGGACCUUCCAGAACACCCUGCUCACCGCCAUCGCAGUCACCACUGUCAACGAACACACCAUCGCGUUUAUCGGAACAAGUGAUGGCUACCUCAAGAAGGUGGUGCUCAAGUCAGCUGAACGAGCCCAUGAGUAUGAGGAGAUCUUGGUGGAUGCCAACAGCGCCAUUGCACAGGAUAUGGCCUUUGACCCAAAGGCAGAAUUCAUCUAUGUGAUGACAGAUACGAAUGUGACAAGGCUGAAGGUGCAGAACUGUCUGAGGUUCGGAAGCUGCAGUGACUGUCUCUCGGAUGGAGAUCCAUACUGUGGCUGGUGCUCAUUGGAGAAAAAGUGUGUGCUGAGAAGUAGCUGUCCAAACUCCGAGGAUCCAUCGAUGGCAAGAUGGCUGCAUGGCCGAGCCAAUCAGUGCAUCUACAUCACUGAGAUCUCCCCCAAAACUGUCUCUGUCACCAAAGUUGAAGAGCUGCACCUGACCAUCCCCCAGCUGCCCAUGACCAGCACCUACAGCUGCGUGUUCCAGCAACUCAACUGGAGCUCCAAGGCCGAUUUCUGGUACUUUGGUGCAAAGUGCAUGACGCCCAACUUCACAGAUCUGGGACUGUCACUCGGGGACAAAGCCUCCCAGACCGUCACUCUGGCCCUCAACUCCAGUGAAACCGGAAAACUUUUUGUCACCAGGAAGUUCACCUUUUACAAUUGCAGCAACUUCAAGACGUGCUCAUCCUGUGCAAGUUCCCCGUUUGUGUGUGACUGGUGUAUCUAUGAGAACUCAUGUCACCACAACACCCUGCAGUGCCAACAAGGCAUCAUCAGAUCACAGGCUAGCACCUUGCCGGGUAAGCGUGGAGCCGUCCAUUGCCCACGGAUCGAGACGAAGGUGACCGACAACAUCUAUCUGCCUGUCGGGGUACGCAGGAAAGUGCUUCUCAAGGGCUACAACUUCCCACGCCUUGGGUCAACAUUUGGUAACUAUGUGUGUGAAGUGGACACAGGGUCUUACACAUACAAGGCUGCGGCAGAGAGACUUGAUGACACACACAUCACCUGUGACAUGCCGAAGAUUGAGUAUAGUCAGGCCCAGGGUAAACUGGAAGCCCUCAUGAAGGUUUACUGGGGCAGCAAGUUCUACUUGGAGACCACCACACCUCUCAUAGCUACGGUGUACAAGUGUGAUGUUUUGGCCAACUUCGAGUGUGGACUGUGCCUCAAUCUCAACUACACGUGGGCGGCCCUGGAGUGUAUGUGGUGUGACAACACCUGCAAGUACAGCCCCAACUGUAACUCGCGAUCCGUGUCCUCCUGCCCUGCGCCAGAAAUAACUCGGGUAUUCCCAUUAUCGGGGCCCAUCCAAGGAGGAACCAAUGUUACAAUCGAGGGCAGCAACCUUGGCUCCACAUUUGAAGACAUUGAGAAUUCUGUUUUCAUCGCAAGUGUCAAAUGUAUGCCAUACCGGCAUCUCUAUUCUCCAUCGAAGAGAAUCGUGUGUCGUGCUGAUUGGAGAGGUCAGGUUGCUGAGGGAUACGUGACUGUGAAGAUCGGUGCUGCAGAGGCCCAGUACCGUGAAGCCACAUUUCAUUAUCAGAGUCCCCACCUGGAGUCCAUCUAUCCUGUGAACGGUCCCAAGGCUGGAGGGUCUCGCAUCACCAUAUCAGGGCGUAACCUGAACACUGGAGGGCAUAUUGAGGCCAGCUUCGGAGAUGCCCCUUGUCUUGUGGAGAGCUCCAGUGUGUCGGAGAGCUCCCUGGUGUGUGUGACCACUGGGGUGUGGGAUGCCACGCCCAGGUCCCCCAUCAAGCUGUUCUAUGAUGGAAGAGAGUUUCCUCUCAGUCGAGACUUCUUCUACCGAGAAAACCCAAUGAUUGAGAAAAUAUCCCCCCUCAAGAGCAUUGCCAGUGGUGGGCGAUACUUGACCGUCCUUGGACGCCAUUUCCGCUACAUCCAGAAGCCUCAGAUGUUUGCCUACAUCCCCACUGAGAAUGGAGAGUACUUCCCCACCAAGAACACUGACUGUUUCAUCCAUCAUGGGUCACUGAUGAAGUGCCCGACCCCAUCCCUGCCCCGUCUUGUGCGGAACCAGGUGCGCCUGAAGCGUGACGCACAGCAAAAAGCACCCCUGGUAGUGGAACUUGGCUUCAUCAUGGAUGGCGUACUGAGUGUCCGCAACCUGUCAGGCUCUGGCAUUGACACCCAGUUGGAAUAUUACCAAGACCCUCAAGUCUACAAUUUCACGGAGAAAGACAGGACGAAGAUCUUCAAGGGGGAGAUGCUGAUCAUUGAGGGCCACCAUCUGACAUUGGCAGCCGAUAAGUAUGAUGUCGUGGUUCUGAUUGGCCAGCAGCUGUGUAAUGUCACCACCCUGUCAUCCAACCAGAUUGUGUGUGCCCCGCCCCCUAAACAACCCCCAGGGAUCAACGGGGAUGGGAAAGAAGAUGGCAGGGAAUACCCCGAUGUCUAUGUGAAGGUCAAUAACCUGAGUUUCCAUGUGGGCCGUGUGAGGUAUGAUGUUCCAGAGCAGUACAGCUUCCCGAAGGAGGCCAUUGCGGGCAUCGCGGCCAGUGGUGGGUUCCUUCUCCUCAUCAUCAUCCUCAUCCUCAUCAUCUACAGACGACAGAGCACCAAGGCCGAGCGCAUCUACCGCAAACUGCAGAUACAGCUUGAUAACCUUGAGAGUAACGUUCGUAAUGAGUGCAAACAAGCUUUUGCUGAGCUGCAGACUGACAUGACAGAUUUGACAGGUGACAUCAUAGCAAGCGGUAUACCAUUUUGGGACUAUCACACCUACACGUUCAAGGUGCUGUUUCCAGGGAUGUCUGACCAUGUGAUCCUUCAUCCACCCCUGCAAAAGAAUGGCCGUAUCAAGUUCUCGGAUCAAGGCCUGGUGUUGUUCCAGCAGCUGCUCAGCAAGAAAGUUUUCCUGUUGACCUUCAUCCGGACGAUGGAGGACCAGAGAGGCUUCUCCAUCAGAGACAAAGUCAAUGUGGCGUCCCUCCUGAUGAUUAUCUACCAGGGCAAUAUGGAGUAUGCAACAGAAAUUUUGAAAUGCCUGUUGGUAGAACUGGUGGAGAAGUCUGUGUCGGGGCGACACCCCAAACUGAUGCUGAGAAGGACAGAGUCGGUCGUAGAAAAGUUACUUAGCAACUGGAUGUCGCUGUGUCUGUACAAGUAUUUGAAGGAUCAUGCCGGCUCUCCUCUGUUUAUGUUAUACAAAGCAAUAAAGCUACAGGCGGAGAAGGGACCAGUUGAUUACGUGACAGGAGAUGCCAGAUACUCUCUGUCCGAGGAUAAACUGCUUAGAGAGAAAAUAGAGCCCAAAGUGAUGACACUCAAUGUGGAGCAUAAUGGCGAGAUCAGCCAGUGCCGUGUCCUCGACUGUGAUACCGUAACCCAGGCCAAGGAAAAGAUGCUGGACAUGCUGUGUAGAAACGUUCCCUUCUCACAGCGGCCGUCCGUACAAGAUUUAGAUCUAGAGUGGAGAAAUGGUCCCACAGGUCCCGUUCUGCUCCAAGAUGAGGAGUCUACCACUCCCUGCAAGGAUGGCUGGCGCCGUUAUAACAUGCUGUCAUAUUACAAAGUAACAGAUGGCGCUUACAUGUCUCUGCUGCACCGGCAGCAAACCAUCAAGUCUUUGAAUGGUUCAUUAGAUAACACUGUUAUGUCUGUGAAUUCAGCCUUCCCCAUCAUGAAGAUGGACAACGACCCCGGCACCCGCCAUUGGCAUCUCGCCAAGCAUGAUGAUGCCACACAGAAGGAUGGGGGGGUCAAAAUGAUUUCUGAAAUCUUCCUUACCAGACUUUUGUCCACAAAGGGAACACUACAAAAGUACAUCGAUGAUUUAUUCAAGGCAAUGUUGAGCACCAAUCAUACAAUGCCGCCCAUCAUUAAGUACCUGUUCGACUUCUUGGACCAGUCAGCUGGGCAUUACGGGCUGACAGAUCCUGAUGUGGUACACACGUGGAAAUGUAACAGCUUGCCUUUGAGGUUCUGGGUGAACAUCGUGAAGAAUCCAGACUUCGUGUUUGACAUCAAUAAGCCCCAUAUUGUAGACUCAUGUCUCUCAGUGGUGGCACAGACUUUCAUGGAUAGUUGCUCCACCUCAGAACACAGACUGGGAAAGGACUCUCCAUCCAACAAGCUGCUGUUUGCCAAAGAUAUCGUCCACUACCGCAAGUCUGUAGAAAAAUACUUCCAGGACAUCCGGGAUCAGCCGGCAGUCAGUGAUCAGGACAUGAACUCCUUCCUGGCGGAAGUGUCUCGGAUGUGUACAGGGAAGUUCUAUAUAUCCAGUGCUUUGAGGGAGUUGUAUUCUUACGUGUCCAAGUAUCAUUCAGAGAUCUUAAAUGCUCUUGAUGUGGACAACCAAGCAAGUGCUCAGCAGCUGUCAAUGAGACUGGAGCAGGUCAUCACUAACAUGGAGGGGCCAUCCAACAAGACAGCGUACGUGUGAUGGCGACACACACACAUGCACACACUCUAGUCCGUCUUCUUUCGCUGGCCUGCUCUGCUCCUCUCAUCGGAAUGCAUUCUACAAUCUAGAGGAAUAGACCCCAGAUACACUGACACAGAUCCUUGUGAACAUGAUGAAGAUUAGUGUAGUGUUUGAGGAUGAUUGAGACAUUCGGAAACUAUAGAACUAGAGAAUCCGUUUGACGGAUUACUUUGAAUAUCUGUGAGUUUGUAUGUUGUGACUGAGAGGGAAAUGUGAAUCAUACAGACAAUGGUAUUGAGAAGAUCGGUGCGAUCCUACUGAAUACGUUUAGGAGAAGUCUUCUCUGAAGGAUCCGAUUAUCAAAUAUAAGAAUAAUUGCCAGUUAUUGAACAGAUUGUGCUUUCUAUGGUUUCCUGAAUCCACUGUCACUGUCACAGCAGAUUCCCCUAGACCAGGGGCUGAUAUUGCUCCUUCAUCUGUGAUGGAGGUUCAUCGUUGGAUCAUCGUAAUGUUGUGAGAUGGAUGCUAGACCACGGCUAGCUGUAGAGACCAAUGACGGAACUAACACACUGGCUGAUUUGUGAUGGUGCUAUGAUAUUGCCACGCUCCUGACCAAAUGUCUUUCAAUUUUUUUUUUGCCUGGAUAAUAUUUCAACAUUGAGAUUAGGGGAUGCAGUUUUUGGGAUUUACAUGAGAGAAAGACACAGUCUUGCCUUCUGAGCCAUGUAGCCGUAGGCCCCAUAAGUACCUUCUGUGGAUGAAGAACGUUCGUGUGUUGUAUAUUCGCCGUCAUAAGUGAAUCCUGUUUCUGCAACAUCAAGGUGCUAUAUGGAGGCUGCCUGGAGAUGGACAACAAUAUGGCCGCCUCUCAUCUUCGUGGUUCUCUCAACCACAGGUGCUUCUGAACGAAACGGUAAUGGCCUGGCUGAUAGUCCUGUCGACUCCUUUCUUCUGUGGAGGUGUUUCUUCUGGAGAUGAUGCUGUCAGAUAGAUAUCUACAGCCCAAUGUUCACGAUUUGCAGGAAUAAACAUACUGGCCGUUCCAUCUUUUCUACAAGCUCCUGUGAGGAAAGGAUGGACCAUGGCAGAUUCUGAUGUACUGUGAAACAGUAGUAUAAUUAUCAUAUCACUUUAACAUUGACUUUGUGGUGAGAUUGUAGACAAUCAUUGUAGACCGCUGUUAGAGGACAUCGUAAGUGCCAGACAAAUAGAUUAAUAUAUACUGACUGGAAAGAGACUUACAAAUGUAGUGUUACUUGUGCGACCUUCAACUACCAGUGUGAACUAGGCAGUGGUAGAAAGACAGCUUUGUACAACUAACUUUGGACUAACUGUUUGGAUGUAUUAUUACGCUCUUCAACCAAGAUGAGAUGGCAUUUCAGGAAAAGCAGGACUGUCUGACCACAAGGUUUUGUUGUCAAUAUGGAGUGGCCCAGCGGUUAAAGCUUUGGCGCCAAAGUCCUGGGUUUGAAUCCAAAUGGUUACAAUGUAUAAAGUUCAUGUUUGGUUAAAAAAAAUAUGCUGGUAAAAAUCUGACGUGUAAUGUCGACUUAUUGUUUGAAAAAUGUUUUAGUCAUAAAAAAAACCUUGGAUUAUGUUUAAUGUCAAAGCGAUCUUUAUCGUCAGUGGUAUAAAAGAAAGUCUUGUCAAAGAAAUACCAUCCCAUCUUUGGUGAAGAGUUCUGACACAAGUCUCCUGGACACUGUUAGAGCAAUAUGUCUAUGUAUAUCAGACAGAACAGCCACAAGUAGCUUCAUCGUGACCUCCUCAUCUCCAUCACUUUAUGCAACAAUGCCGACAUUCCCAAAGGUGCCCUAGCAAGUGACUGGCGGAGACGUCAGUUUAAGACUGUGUGACAUCAUAACCACUUGUAUCCUUGUAUCUAUGCAUGUAGACAUGUAGUUCACGUCUAGGCACAUGUUGGCUCCGUUGUUCUGGGUUAGCAGGAACCAGUUGCACCGCAAGUCUCCCUCACCAUCCUCUAGAUUGGUCACACUGUUCAUUAUAAAUCAUAUUGCUUUACUUAUCAGUUUGUUGCACUGUUAUAUGGAUUCUGAGAUACUACCGACCUGCUUGUUAAUCAAAACAAGACUUUGUUAUUUCAUGAUUGGUACUUUUUGCACAAUUAACCGCUGUAUAAUUUAGCCUACACACUAGUGGCCGAGUUCUCCCUUCAUGGUAAAUUUGAAAAAAAUAUUACUUUAUAAUGAAUCUAGAUUGUUUGGAUUCUUAUGAAAGUACAUUUUCUCCUCUUUCAGAUGAAUGGUUACACUUGUUAAAAAUUUAAAUGAAAUUUAAUUUUGUUGAAUAUGUUGAAUGAAGGGAGAAUCUGCCUUUUUCACCACCAUGAGAUUAUGCACUGUAUUGUUGAGCUAACUCCCCAAAGACUUAUGCAAAUGACCAGUAUUAUCUGCAUACUCCCCAGCUCAAAGUCCCCCACUUCUGGAACUGUGGCAAAUCUUACCAGGCAUGUAGCACUUUUAGAACCAGUUUACCAUUUCCACCAAGCUUGGCUGUUGUCAUCAAACUUUACAAAUUCAGCUAAUUCCUGUUUGAAGAUACAGUGACGCCUGUGCAAACUGACAUCUGUGUACUCCAUGUGGAAUAAGGGGUGGUGGGGUAGCCUUAUGGUCGAAGCGUUCGCUCAUCACACUGAAGGCCUCGGUUCCAUUUCCGACAUGGGCAAAUUAUGUGAUGCCAUUGUGGUGUUCCAAGCCAUAAUAUUGCUGGAAUAUUUGUUAAAAGUGGCAUCAAACCAUACUCACUCACUCAUUGAUCUGACAAAACAAUUUCGUCAAAUUGCUUGAGUCAUUACUCUUUUGCGUAACAGUACUGAGUUGAGCAUUGGCUGCCUGAACCAAAAAAUCUUGGACUCCGUUCCAAACUCGAUCGGUUUCUUGCUGCCAUCAUAUGGCUGGAGUGAGGUUGUUGCCGGUAGGGCAGGACUCCCUUACUGUAUUCAUGAACACCAGGUGUCAUCACUUACAUCCACUGAUCUAUCCAUAUAAUUUUCAUCACUAAUUUGUCUGUUACGCCAGUGGAAUCUGUUCUGGCAGAUAAUUGGGACUGAUUCGUCUCUGGUGUUGGCUUUCUGAAUUGGACGCAAACAGAUGUCAGUUUAUGCAGGCUCCACUCUUGACAGCAUUAUGUGUUAUAGCUCAUCAAAGACUCCACAUCAGUUCACACUACCCUGAGCAGGUUAGCCCCAGUUUCUGUCGGAGCAUUGUAUACUUAUAUAUACAUAUACAUAUAUAUAUUUUGUAUAUUCUCAUGGAACCAUCUGUAUAUGCCCAUUAUGACUUGCCUAAAUCUUGUAAAUACCACUAAUCCGUCAUAACUUUAUUGUUACUAAACAUUUUUAUCAUUAAGAAUUUGCCCUCUUGUAUUGGAGUUUCUGAAUCUAUCUUGUACAUUUUGCUCUGAGUGUAAAGCUCUGUACAUCAGCCCGACUUACUCUGACAAAAUGUGCUUUGUGCAAGAAAUGAGAAAGACGUGUUAAAGAAAAUCUUUAGCGUGUUUGUGUUUUAUUUAUUACUAUUUUCAUAAUAACACGAGGACCAUUGGACUAAUUUAUGUCAUUAAAUUAAUUUCUUUAAUGAAUUAUGUUAGUUUAAUUUAAUUGUCAAAUGUCAGGUGAUCUUACGAUUGUUGUUAUUUACUUUGAUACUGACAUUGGUGUACACUUUCAUAUUCUCAUUGCCAUAACCAGUGUAGGAUGUUGUCAUGGUAUAUUGAUUUGUAAUUCUAUCUUAUUUAUUAAUCAGCCAAAUUCAGAUAGGGAGUUUAUCCCUGAUAAAGAGUCCCCUGUUUGAGUUUUUGUUCUCAAAUCAAAGAGUUUGUAUUGGCAUAUAUUUUGUCAGAUAUAUUGAGAUUUUGUUACACCUAACCAAAGGAUCUUGAAAGCCUCUGAUAUUAGUGCUUUUUAAAAACGGAUUUGCAUUGAGAAGAUUCUCAUAAUAUACCUUUGCUAUCAAAGCGUGCAGUUUUGAAAUGUAUGUUUCCUCUGAAACUGCAUCUUUUGUAUGUUGACAUGGUUUUACAAUAUUUGAAGGUUCAUUCCAUAGUAUACUGAUGACAUGUAUGCUACGAUGUUAGCUUGGCUGUAUGUGUGUGGAGAACUGGUCAAGAGGGUCUGCCUCUCAUGUACUUCCAAUGUCAAUAAAUAAUUCAUUUUGUACAAAUUAA